AGUGUCUGUGAGUGUCCCUGCCGUGUCCGUGCGUGUUCCUGUGUGUCCCUGCCGUGUCCAUACACAGCCCCACGCAGUGACAGCCAUGUGGCCCGUGCUGCUGCUGCUGCUGCUGCUGCCGGUGGCCCUGGCCACGCUGGCCCUGGCCCGGGUGGCCCAUCGGCUGCUGGCCCCGUCCGGCAACCCCUUCUCAGGGCCACCCCUGGAGCCACCACGGCCCCUGGUGACCGACCAGCGUGCCCGGGACAGGGUCCUGAAGCAGGGGUUCAGUGCCCGGCGUGUCCCAGCCCCGCUGGACGCUGUGGUCAUCGGCAGUGGCGUGGGGGGCCUGGCGGUGGCCGCCACCCUGGCCAAGGCGGGCAGGCGGGUGCUGGUGCUGGAGCAGCACGACCAGGCCGGGGGGUGCUGCCACACCUUCCAGCAGCACGGCGUGGAGUUCGACGUGGGCAUCCACUACGUGGGGCAGCUGCACGAGGGGAGCCUCCUGCGGGUGGCCCUGGACCAGGUGACAGACGGGCAGCUCUGCUGGCACCGCCUGCCCGACCCCUAUGACGAGGUGACCCUGGGGGCCCGGCGCUACCUGCUGCGCUCGGGCAAGGUGGCCUUUGUCACCGCGCUGGAGGAGCAGUUCCCCGAGGACAAGGAGGCCAUCAGGGAGUUCAUGAAGCUCUCCAAGGUGGCCUCGCUCAGGCUGUCCCCAGCUGCCGCGGGCGGUGGCGGUGGCACGGUGGCUGUCCCGCAGGUGGCCUCGCGGCACGCGGCGCUGCUGGCCCUGCUGAAGCUGUCCCCACGCUGGCUCGUCACCGCCCUGCUGCGCUCGGGGCUCCUGCCCCGCCUGUCCCCCGUGUUCCGCAUGGCCACCACCAGCCACAGCCAGGCCGCCGCCCGCCUCACCUCCAACCCCGACCUGCGCGCCCUCUUCGGAUACCUCUUCUACGGCACGGCCCCGCGGGACUCGAGCUUCCUGGUGAACGCCCUCAUGGUUCACCACUACCAGCGCGGGGCCUGGUACCCGCGGGGGGGGGCCAGCGAGGUCGCCUUCCACGCCGUGCCCGUCAUCGAGCGCGCGGGGGGGGCCGUGCUCGUGCGCGCCCCCGUCACGCGCGUGCUCGUCAGCGCCGACGGCACCGCCCUGGGGGUGGCGGUGCGGGCGGGGCCCGGCGAGGAGGAGCUGGAGAUCCGCGCCCCCCUGGUCAUCUCCGACGCCGGGGUCUUCAACACCUUCGGGAAGCUGCUGCCCCCCCACGUCCGCAGCCACCCCGGUGUGCGCUCCCUCCUGGCCAUGCUGCGGCCGGGCAUGGGCUCCUUCCUGGUGUUCGUGGGGCUGCGGGGCAGCGCGGCCGAGCUGCGCCUGCCCCCCACCAACUUCUGGAUCUACCCCCACAACGACCUGGAUGCCAUGAUGACCCGCUACGCCGCCCUGAGCCGCGAUGAUGUCCCCGACAACCUGGCCAUGAUGUUCAUCACCUUCCCCGCCGCCAAGGACCCCACGUACGAGCAGCGGCACCCAGGCAGGUCCUGCAUGACCAUCCUGACCAUGGCGCGCUACGAGUGGUUCGAGGAGUGGGCCGGGAGCCGCCCCCGCCACCGCGGCCCCGAAUACCAGCGCUACAAGAUGGACAUCGCCCAGCGGCUGCUGGAGAGAGCCCUGCUCCGCUUCCCGCACCUGCGCGACAAGGUGGAGUUCGUGGAGGCGGCGUCGCCGCUGAGCAACCAGCACUACCUGGGGGCGGCGCGGGGGGAGAUGUACGGCACGGAGCACGACCUGCGCCGCUUCAGCCCCGCCGCCGUGGCCGCCCUGAGGCCCGACACGCCCGUCAGGAACCUCUACCUGACAGGGCAGGACGUGUUCUCCUGCGGGCUGGCGGGGGCCGUGCACGGGGGGCUGCUCUGCGCCUCCGCCGUCCUGGGCCGCCUGCUCUACCUGGACCUGCUGCUCCUCAAGAGGAAAAUCAAGCGGCGCCAGGGCCGCCACACGGCCUGA